CAUCGAAUCUGGGCACAUUGCUCUAUUGUGUCCAAAAAAAAAUUAAUGAAUUAAUUAAUUAGUCCAAGUUAACUAAAAAAAAAUAGGCGAAAAGCAGCAAAAACAGCGUGCCGUAAGUGGAGUGACCCCAGAGCGGAAAGGAAGCAGCGACAGAGGCAGAGGAAGAGGCGAAGGCCAGACAACAAAGACGCCAACGAAGGGAAAAGCAUGAGCUGAGGCUAAAGUCGCAAUCACAAGCAAAACUGCAGGCCAGAAGGGAUACGCGUGGAUAACACAAGCGGGUAGUUAGCCAGGAACUCAGCGGAACGGGCAGAACACCCACUUCCCACAAAACCAGGACGGCGUCGUCCCCGCAGGAUCAGGAGCAGCAGCAGUAUAAUAGCGGAGCACCCCAGAAGCACCACCAUGAGCACGGUGUUCAUAAAUUCGCGCAAGAGCCCCAAUGUGCUGAAGAAACAAGGCACCGACCAGUGGGUCAAGCUGAACGUGGGCGGAACCUACUUCCUCACCACCAAGACGACGCUCUCCCGUGACCCAAAUUCCUUCCUCUCCCGCCUGAUUCAGGAGGAUUGCGAUUUAAUAUCGGAUCGGGACGAGACAGGCGCCUACCUGAUCGACAGAGACCCCAAAUACUUUGCACCCGUGCUCAACUAUCUGCGCCACGGCAAGCUGGUGCUUGAUGGAGUCUCCGAGGAAGGCGUGUUGGAGGAGGCUGAGUUCUACAAUGUGACGCAACUGAUAGCACUGCUAAAGGAGUGCAUUCUGCACAGGGAUCAGCGACCACAUGCGGACAAAAAGCGCGUUUAUCGGGUGCUGCAGUGUCGCGAACAGGAACUGACUCAGAUGAUCUCAACGCUGUCUGAUGGCUGGCGGUUCGAGCAGCUGAUCAGCAUGCAGUACACCAGCUAUGGGCCGUUCGAAAACAAUGAGUUCCUGUGCGUGGUCUCCAAGGAGUGCGGCACGACGGCCGGGCGAGAGCUGGAGCUAAACGACCGGGCCAAGGUCCUGCAGCAGAAGGGAUCGCGAAUUCUUGGAAUUUAAACGCGCUUUAUAUUCUCAUACCACCCUUGAAAUAUGAUCCGAACUCCCCGUCAUCAACAAACAACUCAUUCCCAAACAGUAACACAAUCAGCCACACCGACCCAACACCAAUUGGACGCAGCCAAGGAGAGCCAGAGCCACAGCCACCACAUCAGCCAGCCACUGCACAGCAGAACAGUCACCCACGACACACCAACACACAGGAUACUACACACGACCACACGAGAUCAGAUUCAGACUCAGCCAUAAAUCACGCACUAAGAUCAGCCGGAAGAUCACCCAAGCAGAGCCCGCAGGGAGACUACGCUUCAUUUGCAUUCGAGACAAAGUUAACAGGUACCACUGCGAUUCGAUUCUCGCCUUCGUGGCCGUUUUUAGCGCUUGGCUCACUGCAGCACUGUAGGACAGUGCGGCACCGCAGCGGCACUGUACGGAGUGUGUGCGGGCGUACAUGUGUUCAACUUGUAGUAAACCAGAUAGACCAGACUAUACGAGAGAUACGAAAAAACAAGCCCCUGCUUCGUUGCGCCCUGUAGCCAUAGCCAGGCGGCUGUUUCAGCCUACGCCUAAGCUUCGAGCUUCUGCUUCGCUUAAAGAGGCACGCGUAAACCAGCCAGUAAGCCAGUCAGCCAGACAUCUAGCAGAGGAUCCUCCAUCCCAGCUGCUGGGCUGCUGGGGCACUCAAUAAGCUAGGUAUAUACACAUUUAGCGGGAGUUUGUAGGGUUAGUCUUAGUAGUUUUUAUCGUGCUUACAAUAACAACCCUGACGACACAGCGGACACUUCGCUGGAGCAGUCGCGAUUCCCUUGGUUAAGCAACUAACUUACAGCACCAUACACUAGGUUCGAGCUGCAUUUACGUGUCCGAUACCGAAACCCAAGCAGGAGUCGCACAGGUCUUGUGCAUCCGUAUACCCCGGAAUUUGUAGAGCCGCAAAGCUGCCUCCGUUGAACUGUUGAAACGAGCGAAAGAUCAGGUGUGUGUUCCGUUUUGUGUAGGCCCGGUUUUACUACCUUGAGCUUUAUUUUAGUAAAACAAGCAAAGCAAAGAUAUCAACUUAAGGAAAUCAAUUGAAUCACGACUGAAUUUAUGUGAACUUGCACUCAAAGGAAAUACAUGAAAAUUGAUAGUGAGGAGAGACAUGUGAAAAGAGAAAAGUUAAACGAAAAACCUAUCCGGCGACGUUUUGUACAGACAGGCAUGAUAACUAUAUAAUAUUGUAAGUACAUGAAUGUAUAUAAUUUUAAAUAGUUACUAAUUUAUACACAAAAAAAAAAAAAAGAAAACAAGCAAAUUGAUAAUGAUUCAGAACGUCGCCACCUACUCGUACCCAUUUUGUAUCCAUUUUGACUUAUUUUACGUGCACGACAGGUGCAGUGCAGAUUAUAUAGAGUAUAACUUAUGCUUACGAGGAUUAUUUCGACGGAGAACCUUUACACUAGCAAGUAGUAGAACCGCAGCGCCCGAGUAUGCCGGACGUUAUGUCCGGCACUUAGCAAUACAGAGAAAAGGCAACUGCAAGUUAAUACAGACGCAGCAACAAAUUACUCUAAAGAUAAUACGAUAACCAAACCCCCUACUGUAACCCCAAUAAGGAUGUACUCAGCCCCACUUUACACACCCUAUACCCAUUCUGUACCCUAUACCCUGUAUCCUAUACCAUGCAGACGCAGAUGAUCGGUCCCGCCCAGGUCGCAGCUGGAUCUGGCGCUGGACCAGAUCCCCUUCAUACCUUGUUCAGGCUGCCUGGAUAUUAAUCCCUCACAUAAUAUGAAUAUAUAUGAAUAAACUUGGAACCCUUUUCUAAAAAA